UUAGAUGGUGAAACGUUGGAAUCAAUUUCUUUGUAGUAUUUUUCAUGACUAUGGAAUACAAAAUCUUAUUAUUUUUAUUCUCAUUCUUUUUCUCCUCCUUUUUAUCUUUCUUGUCAGCAUCGUUAUUAGUGCUGCUGUUCUUGUUGUCAGUAACUUUCAAGGGACCAAUUUCACAAGACCCGAGACAAGGGUGGAGGGGCAGACAGGUACAGGAGGCGACACUCUGAGCUGAACACGCCUGACGUAUUGACUCAAAAGUGUUCACUGACGGCAUUUUCAUCAACGCUAGACAGCAACUGGACGGACGCGUUGACGAGCUGAUCAGAAAAAAAGAAAAAAAAGUAUAAACGAUUUUUGUACACCGCUAUAGUCUCCUCUCGUGUGUGUGUGUGUGUGUGUGUGUGUGUGUGUGUGUGUGGUGGGGGGGCGCCGCUCUGGUGGUAUAGAACCUUUAUUUUUCUAAUAUUUUGUACCUCUAAUGUACGAAAAAUUUUAGAAUAUCAUAAUAAAAGCAGGUCUUUCAUAUUUCCAUUAAUGUCAUUUUGAAUUUCCAGCCUCCGGUGUGUUUUAUUACUUUUUUUAUCGUUUUAAUGAUUUUAUAAUGUGCGAGAAUUUUUUAAUAUCAGAUAAGCGUCAGUUUCAUAUUUUUCAUUCCUGUCAUUUUAAAAGUUUAUCGUCCAACGCAAUGUUAUUAUUUUUUUUAAUUCUCUCUCUCUCUCUCUCUCUCUCUCUCUCUCUCUCUCUCUCUCUCUCUCUCUCUCUCUCUCUCUCUCUCUCUCUCUCUCUCUCUCUCUCUCUCUCUCUCUCUCUCUCUCACGUACCCCUCAUCCGUCCAAACCUUUAGUAUCGUUUAGCCUUUCCUCCUCUUUCCGUCUCGCCUUUCCACUCUCCCUCUCCUCCCUCCCCUCCGCUUUUUUUUUUUUUUUUUUAGAUUACCGGACACCUCAUCCUCUCAACUAAUCUGUAUCACAACGUCUUACUUCGGCUGCGUCCGCCAGGGGUCGCCACAGCGGAUCACUCGUCUCCACUUCACGUCUUCUGCGUCUUCUGUUUAUCUCAUCACCCUCAUCUCUUCCUUCACUGCAUCCAUAAACUUUGCUUUUAGUGUUAUUCUGUUUACCCUGUAUUUGUUAUCCCUUCCUUCAAUGCAUCCAUAAACCUUCAAUUUAGUCUACCUCUCUAUCUCUUUGAAGUUCUGUUUAUCCUAUCACCCUUUCUUCACUGAGUCCAUAAACGUUGCAUUUAGUUUUCCUUGCUUCCUCCGGGCUGGUUGGUAUGGUGUUGGCGUGAAGCAUGUUUCGGUGUGUGUGUGUGUGUGUGUGUGUGUGUGUGUGUGUGUGUGUCUGUGCGUGUGUCAUUUCACUGUAUCAAUAUCCAUGUAAGUGAAUCUAUGGAGUUGUUCCACUGCUUUGAAUUUCUUAACGAUACUGUCAUUCACUUGAAGGCUACUUUCUCUCCCGACUAUGAAGAUGAAAGGAAGGAGACUCAGUACCUGCUUGCCAUCGAGACAAGUCCUGCACUGUCUCCUUGUUUCACUUCUCUGCCACGUACUACUCAUUUCUGAUCUGUGUAUUGGCCAAACCACCUCAGUCUGGCCUUUCUGCUUUUUUCCCUAAAGUGUUGUACAACCAGUCUCUUUGAACCGCUUCUCUCACCAAUCAGUAUUCUUCAGUGUGUGCCUGAGUGUUCACUGUUAAACGCGAAGUAUGUUGCGUGAUUUUACCGCGUGUGACGUUGCCGCUCUAGGUGUGUUCCUACGAUACGGGAGCAAGGAGUGGCGCAACUUACGCAGGGAUCGUAUUAUCACUUAUUUCGGGGUCUUAUCUUGCCAUUUUUUUAACGGGCUCUUGUGGAAGUUAUUCAAGGUAUUUAUUUAUUUUUUUUAUUAAGGUAAUGAUGGUGUAGUCUUAUUAGUGCUGAUUGUUUUUUCUUAGCAUUCAGAACGGCAGGAAGAGGGAAUAGAGAUUAAUUUCGUCUUUUAUAGUCUACGGCAUUACUAAGAUUAAUCUAAUAUGGUGUAGGUGAUAAUGGAAAAAAUGCUUAGCUGUGAGACGGUUAAUGAGGAUUCUACACCAUCAAUGGAGUAAGACCAUUGAGCACCUGGCUAAUCAUCUCCGCGGCUUAAAGUGAUGCCCCCGGUGUGAGAACAAAGCGUUUCUUAAUAUGUACCCAGGUCGUGACGCCUUGAAAUUGGACUCUGACCGUGGCCGGAAUAUUCUACAGGUGAAAUGACAGGUGUGCCGCAGACUCGUCCGGAAUGAUACGGGCUUUACAUCUGUCAUUCAUUUUUUUAUUUUUUUUUAUUUAGGUCAGAACACUUUUGAGUCAGCUUUGAAUUUACCUGUUGUUUUCCUAUCUUUGUUUUUAUUGAACUUUUAUGUUAUUGUCUUGUCUUUUGUGUGUGUGUGUGUGUGUGUGUGUGUGUGUGUGUGUGAACGUAACUUCUUCGUCAUAUCUGGACUCUUUUGUGUUUCCUGUAGUAAAAAGGAUGACGAUGGUGAUUAUGACGAUGAUGAUACUACUACAACUACUACUACUACUACUACUACUACUACUAAUAAUAAUAAUAAUAAUAAUAAUAAUAAUAAUAAUAAUGAUAAUAAAGACAAGAUAUCGAAGGAGCCACAAAGGAUCGUGUUUCUCGAGGGACCAAGAAGACUCAAUCCUCCUUAAUUCCUUGACAUUCAUUUGUCUGAGGGAGGGCGGGGAGCAACAAGGACAGAACCACUAGUCCAGCAACGGGCCACACUCGCUCCCACAGUGCUCAGCGUUUUCUCUCGUAUAGUCUUUCAAUCUAUUAGAAAUCUGUUAAACUGUCUGUUGUUGCUAGGAGGUUUUCAGUGGAUCAGAAGAUUUGAGACUAAAGGAAGUACAGGAUAGUGGAAAUGAUUGUAGGUUUCUGGACUCCUGAUUACGACCUUCUAUGCAGUGUUGACUACAUGUAUCUUGUAUCGUCAAGUUUAUUGAUUAUAAAGAGGAGAUGACUUGAAUUAACAGUGAGGAAAUGAUAAGUUAAUUAAUGAAAUUACUCUGAAACUGCUGAUUGUACGGAAACGAUGCCACUGAACAAAAUUAUAAACUUUUGAGCGUGAUCGGACAAGUAUUGAUAAAGGUAUGAAUUAGUUGGCAUUUGUUGGUCUCUUUAAUUCCGCACCGCAGAAUACAUCUUAAAAAUCCAUUAAUGCACAUUACAUACUUUAAGAAUUAUCCGGUCAAUUCACUUUAAGAAUUAUCCGGUCAAUUCACUUACUUUAAGAAUUAUCCGAUCAAUUCACAUACUUUAAGAAUUAUCCGGUCAAUCCACGUUUGUAUUUGGUAUUUUGUAAUCGAUAUAUUUCAUAAUGUAUUGCCCUUUUCUUCCUUUCUUCACACAACCGUCACAUUUCAUGGAAAAAAUAAUAAAUAAAUAUAUAAAUACGUAGUUUUCUUAAAUAGUCAUUUUUACUCAUCCUUUUUUUGAAUCCUUACUUUUAUUUCUCACUCAGUGUUUUUGUAACUUUUUUUUUCAAUCUAUAUGAAAGCCAUUUAAUUGCUAUUGGUUUUAUCGCUCUUUUUCAUCCCCUGUGUUUUCCAACUUUUCUAUUUGCCAGAGUUUUGUUUGUUUUUUUUAUCAUUUUUUUUAUUUCUAUAUUUUUUUUUAUCAAAUAUUAAAGUCACAUUCUAUCUGUAUAUUUUCUUUUUUUUCGACUUUUUACUUCGUCUUAGUUUUUCCUUACUGUAACAAAAUCUAACUCCUACGUUUAUUUUUUUUUUUCAUUAGUUAUCUUUUCCUCUUUACUAUAUCAAAAUCUCGUAAUUCAUACCAUUCCUCUUUUUUUUUCACUUUUGUUUCCACACCCUGUCUUUACUUUCAGUUUUUACCUUCAUCUUUCAUUUUUCUUCACAUCUUUACUUCUUUUUCUUCAUCUAUACCAAAACGUCGUAAUUUCUGUCAUUUAUUCUGUAUUUUCAACAUUUACCUUUAUUUUUUUCUUAUUCCUAUAGCAAAGUCUUCUAAUUCCUUCCUCUUACUACCUAUUUUUGUUUCAUGUUUAAGUUUAUUCAUCGUCUCCGUUUUCUGUAUCUACUCACGUAUCAGAACUUCCUAAAAUGUAUCUUGACAGUUUUUCAUUAUGCAUUUUCUUUUAUCUAUAGCAAACCAGGUUUCUAAUUUCCACCAUUUACUUGUUUUCGUUACAAAUUUUGUGGUUACUCAUCAUUGUUGUCUUUCUGUUUCCCAGUUAUCGCAUUACGUUCUUUACCUCUAACACUUCCCUCCAUGUUAUUUACUAAUACAGAUUUAUCAAAGCCUAUAUUUCACCAUUUACUCCUUAUUUUUACUACACAUUUACGUUAUUUUCAUUUUGUUAACAUACUCGUCAAAGAAAACUUCAAAAUCUCUGCCUUUCAUUUUUCACGUUCAACAUUUACCUCAAUUUUAAUCGUCUACACAUCAGAACCUUUCUAACUUUCACUUCAGAUUUGCAUGAUCUUUAUUUGUUCUACCUAUUCGUGCAUCAGAGCUUCCUACCUUCUACCUUUCAUUCUUCGCUUGGCAUAGUCUUAUCUUAUAAAUAUUUCUCUUCUAUUCCUUUCUGAGAUUGUAUUUCCAAACAUUUCAGCGUCUUUUCUCGAUAUGUUAUAAAAAAAAAAUACUUGUGUAGAAAUCACUGAGUGGUUUCAAUGGUGUUUUCAUGAUUUUAUUGAUUGUUUAACGAGAUUCCAGCUUCAUCAGAGAACACCCAUACAAAUCCGAUUUAUCAUCUCUAUAGCCUUUGAAAAUAGUCCUUCUGAAACCCCAAAAUGUUUCAGAAUAUGGAGCAUGACUCACUACUGUUGAUGAAAGAUUCAACGCCACGCAUCAUGGCAGCAGCAGUGACAGUGACUCCUACUCUUCACAUCCACAGCAAAACCACCACCUGCUUCUCCUCUUCCUCCUCGCUCCAUAACAUUAAGUACCGUGGCGACGUUAUCAGGGAAAACGAGGAGAGAGGGAGCGUAGAAAGCAUGGCUGUGUGUGAGGCACUGGAGAGAAGCAGGGCCAUUCUGAAGGCACUGGAGGAGAAGCAGAGGAAAGAAGAGGAGGAGCCUGGAGGGGAGGAGGGCGAGGAGCGACAAGUGCUGACUGGAAACAGAGAAAGGCGUGGAGAAGUGGAGGACGCUGAAAGGAAAAUUAGACUCGAGGAAGUGGGACAGAUGGAAAGGAAAGGGAAUGUGGAGCCUCGACAGGAGCAGGGGAGCGGCAGCCAGCGCGAGGCGGAGGACGGCAAAGAAAACGUGGAGAGAACUGGAAAUCGACCAAGAGCCUCUCAGAACGUUUCCUUUACGAGACCCGUGUGCCAGUACCUCCAGCAGGCCAGAGAAUUCUUCCCUCUCUUCGCUUCCUACUCCUCCUCCUCAUCCUCAUUCUCCUUCUCCUUCUCCUCUUCAUCCUCAUCGCUCUCCUCCUCCUCUUCUUCCUCCUCCUCCUCCUCCUGGGAUGUCAACAAACCAAGUGGAGGAACUGAAGUCUCUCAGCCAUGUGACUCGAGGAGGACUCAGAAUGGAGGAGGAGGAGAAGGAGGAGGAGGAGGAGGAGGAAGAGAUACACCAGACAAAAAGGAAAGGGAUGCGAGACUAAUAAAAAGGCAUGGAAGCUCAGAAAAUAACGCUGUGAUGAUAAAAGCAGGCAGGCAACGCAGGGAAACAAAAACGAGGAAAGAGGGAGUGAAAAAUGAAGAAGGAAAAGGAGAAAAAAGAGAGAGAAGAGGAGGAGGAGGAGGAAGAGAGGGUAAUUCUGUCGUUUCUCGUUCCCAGUCACAGGGAGGUCGAGUGUGUGAGUACCUGGACGCUGCCUCUCGUCAGCCUGGCGCCGCACCUGUCUGUGACUUCUUGGCGCACCUCAAUUUUGGCAAAGAAACACAAAAAUCUGACCCACAUAUGGAUCCGCCUGGCAAGGAUAAAGGCGCAGCUACUUUAAGUCAUCACUCCUCACCUGGCCUAGCUAAUUACGCACCUGCCUCCACUAACAGUCCACCUGAGUUAGUUAAUCCACGUAGUCCUGAUAAUCCUGAUAAUAUCCCACUUGGUACACUUCAUUACCAGUCGCAGCGUAGUCCACAUGAGGCGUCGCAAUACCUGCCUGGCGUGGUUGGCCGUCCAUCUGACUCACUCAAGGAAGUGACCGUGAAAUCGUGGAGUCCCCGCGAGGUGGACUUUUCCAUUAGCGAGCCUCACUCCUCCAGCACCCAGUCGUCCGUGAAUACUCUCGUUAGUGUGGAUUCUUCGCAACGCAGGAACGAUACUAGGUUCACAUGCGGGUUUCUCCAGCAGAGUUCUUCUUCCCUCACCUCCUCCACCACUACCACUACUACUGCUACCACUACCUUCCCUACCGAAGUUACAAACCAUGAUUCCAUCCAGCCUGGUUUUCCUAUCGCCAGCACCACCAUCGAUGUUAUUUCUACGCCUGCCACCCGUAGUAUCACCACCAUCACCACCACCAUGACCGAAGCCACCGCCAACACGUGUUUCGCUACCACAGCCACCCCUAGUUGUCCCUUCCUUCAGAAAUAUGAUCCUGUCACCACUGCCAAGGUCGCCCCCGCCUCAGCCACCGUCAGUGACAACACAAACACCGCAGCCAAAACCAUUAAGUGUCCAUUUCUUCAAGACAGAUGUCCUUUCGCCGCCACCACCACCACCACCACCACCACCACCACCACCACCACCACCACGACCACCAUUCUCACCAUUACCACCAACAACGAUAAUAACAAUAAUAACAACAACAGCAACACAAGAUGCCAGUUCCUUCACCGCAACACAUCACCCAGCAACACCACUGCAUUCUCUUGUCAGUAUCUCCUCAACACCACCACUACCACUGCUAACAACAGCAGCAGUAGCACUGACAAGAGUAACAACAAUAUCAACAACAACUGUAACAACAAUAACAGAUCCGCAUCUCCCAUCUCCACCACCACCGCCAUCACCAACAACAGCAACAGCAACACGAGAUGCCAAUUCCUUCACCGCAACACAUCACCCAGCAACACCACUGCAUUUUCUUGUCAGUAUCUCCUCAACACCACCAUCACUACCACUACUAACAACAGCAGCAGCAGUACUAAUAGGAGUAACAACAACAACAACAACAACAACAACAACAACAACAACAACAACAACAACAGCAGACCCGCGUCUCCCGCCACCACCAUCUCCAUCGCCAGCAACAGCAACACAAAAUGCCAGUUCCUUCACCGCAACACAGCAUCUCCCAUCACUACCACUGCGAUUUCUUGCCAGUAUCUCCUCAACACCGCUACCACUAGUAACAACAGCAGCUGCAACAGCAGUAGGAACAGCAGCAGCAGAAGUAACAGCAACAACAACAAAAACAACAACAACAACAACGAUAAAAACAACACAACCACAUCUCCCACCUUAACUAAAAUUUCUUGUCAAUAUCUUCUCACCACCAAAACCAUCAACAACAACAACAACAACAACAACAACAACAACAACAAUAACAACAACAACAACAACACUUCCACACAUCCUACCACUAGUACAGUUCAUUGCCAAUAUCUCCUCGCCACCACCACUAUCACAACCACUAACAACAAUAACAACGCAGCCACAUUUCCUGUCACCAACACAACUACCUGUCAUUAUCUCCUCAGUACCACCACUAACAACAACAACAACAAUCCCAACAACAACCACCACCACCACCACCCUUACCGAAACAUCCCCAGAAACGAAACUAGCAGAGGCAGCAUCACCAUCUCUGAAAGGAACACCAAGGAGGACGAAGGCACCAGAAACACCCAUUUGGAAGUACGUUCACACACUCAGAGGCUUCAUACAGCAGCUGCGGGACGAGACACCAGGGGCAGAGUGGGGAACGUCACAUCCAUACAGACGAAGGUGUUACAUAAUGGCGGGGGCAUGAACGAGCUGUGCGCCGCGCGGUAGUAGUGGACGCGUUGGACAGUUGGUAGAGAAGACCAACAUAUCUGGCGAGACUGACGAAGGCCGAGUCAAUAUUUUGCCAUUAGAGGCGAGGGGCGGCGGGCGCUCUGCAAACACCGGACAUCUGGCGGAGUCUCCCAUCGAGUCCUCCGUCGCCUCUAGAACACCUCGCACGCACGCCUUGAACAUGACUUGUAAAUGUGGUUAUCUUAGAACCACCACUACUACUACUAUUACUACUGCUGCCACUACUACUUCUACUUCUACUGCUACUACAAAUCACAGUCCAACUCACACAUGGGGCUCUGUAUCAUCCACCAAACAGGAUGGCCAGGACCCAAAUAGAAUCGCACUGGAAAUUGGCCACGAGGGAACUCCCAACCCAUUUUCUCCUACUCCCCCUCCUCUCCUUCCGUCGCCCGCCAAUCACCGCCUCGAGGCCGCCGCUAUUAGAGGUCACAACUCAUCUUCGACAGGUCAGCCUCCCGAGCCCUUCCACAGAGACGUCUGUGCGAGAAAGGAAUCCAAAAAUGAAAUUUUCAUUGAGGGUGGAAGAGUGCCAAAGAAUAACCUUAGUCUGGUUCCUAAAGAUGACCUGAAAGAAAAUGGUUCACCAGAAGGUCGUCUCAUAGAAAAACGUUUUCAAUGGGAGGCAGAACCUUGCUGACACGCGGAACGAAAGAACACGCAUCACGCUGAACAAAGACGCGGCGCUCGGCUCAUCUUCUCUCCUUGUCGAAGAAAACGAGCGAAUUCAUUCAGCGAGCAGCAACGGUGGUGUCUGUCACUACCUCCACGGCGCCUCAGGAAAAGCGACAGGACCUCGCCGCCUCACCUGCGAAUUUAUUGAGAAACUUACUAAAUACACUGGCAACUCUAAGAGAACUAGUGAGAGCGAAAAUGGGACGGCAGAAGAAAGGAAAGAAAGUGAAAAGGAAGAGCAGCAAAGGUCACUGGGUCAGGAUCAAACGGAAGGAGGUAAUAAUAAGACGCCAAUAUCUGCCGGGAAAAUUCCUGGUGGUGGUGCCAAAUUCAUAAGUCAAUUUCACCAGAAAUUUACUGAAUCCAGUGUCUUGUAUCGGAGCCCACAUGACCCACCGCGGCCACACUAUGAUGCAAGCCCGAACUCUGUCCACGGACACGGUGGCCAGCAGGGAGGUGCGGGGGAAGAGGGGAUGGCAGGGGCACCAGGAAUCCUCUCAUGUGUACACCCCGACGGAGAGGCGGCACCGACCCAGCCACGCGCCUCGAGGGAACACACACCGCGUCACCGUGAGGGUGCAUCCAUCACGCUGGCAGACAGGGAUCCCCCAGCAGGGCAGGAGCCCGGGCGUGCAUCCCCCCGCGGCGGGCGCCGCGCCUCGCACCACAACACCUCGUCCCUCACAGAAGAAUUUCACCCUAAGUCCUCCUUUCAUUUCCCCGUGCAGAGAGGGAAAGACGAGUGGCAUUUCUCUCCGUCACCUCUCCUCACGAGUGGGCUGGAGUUAAAAAUGACGCUUGGCCCAUGUCCGGCCCCUGGCAAGGAAGACGAGGACAAGGCCGAGACCGAAAAGGCAGAAGAGGAGCUCUCCGACACGUCUGGCAGCGCCGCCCUGGAGGAAUACGACCCUCGUUUGAUACGGUCGAGGUCAGGCAGUCCUUCAGACGAAACGAGAACUAAUGACCUAGAGCUGCCGCCAGCUGAACGGAAGGUCAAACUCUGCGCGGUGUCAGCAAAAAGCGAGGAAAAACGUUGCAGAAUGACAAAGAGAAAUUCUCUCUCAGUUUCGACACCCGAUGAGUUGGCGACACGCAGCGAAAAUUUCAGAAAUGAAGAAAUUUACCAAAACGCAGAACGCAGCCGUAACACCGCAACCCGCGACAGACUGACGGCAGGCCAUCCACAGUGGUCAGCACCUCAGCCCGCGGCCAGCUGGUUGCGGGAGACUUGGGGCGGCGCCGAGUUGGCACACAGACCCGUGACCUCAGUAACACCGGUAGCUCACAGCAAGGGCCGAGUGGCCUCGCCUGUCACCACACAACACCACGUCAAGACCUGCGGCUUCCUGCUCAGGGUCCAGGAGGUGCUGCGUUCCCUGCCAGGUACCGAGAUGGCUCGCGCCGCGCCUGCACCGGAGACAGUGACGAGUGAAGACAAAUAGCGGCCGAUACGUCACCAGAGUG